UCGCCUUCGUUGUUCCUAACUCCAACAAGAAAAGUUCAAACCCUUGUUUCUCUCUCUCUGUCUCUGGAAUCUAUAUCUAUCUAUCUGUAUCUAUAGAUUUAGAUCAAAUUCAACGAGAAGGUCAGCUUCGGUUCUUCAGAUUAUAUCAAAUCAGAAAUGAUGAAAAUUUGGUCCACUGAAUUUGCUGUGGUUGUGACACUCACAAUUUUAUUGUCAAGCCUGCAAUCGGUCUUUGGGAUUAGAUUUGUGAUUGAUAGGGAGGAAUGCUUCUCACACAAGGUUGAAUACGACGGCGACACAAUUCAUUUCUCCUUUGUUGUUAUUAAGUCCGAAGGUUCGUGGCAUUAUGCUCCCGAUGGGGUUGAUCUUGUGGUGAAGGGACCUUCUGGUGAGCAGAUUCAUGAUUUUCGUGACAAGACGAGUGAGAAGUCCGAGUUUGUGGCUCACCAAAAAGGAAUCCACCAUUUCUGCUUCACUAACAAGUCUCCUUAUCAUGAAACUGUGGAUUUUGAUGUACAUGAAGCUCACUUCUCAUACAUGGAUCAACAUGCAAAAGAUGAGCAUUUCACCCCUUUGUUAGAACAAAUAUCAAAGUUGGAGGAGGCUUUAUACAACAUUCAGUUUGAACAGCAUUGGCUCGAGGCUCAGACUGAAAGCCAGGCGCUAGUGAACGAAGGAAUGAGCCGGAGGGCUGUUCACAAAGCUUUGUGGGAAUCAGCUGCUCUAAUCGGGGCUAGCGUUCUCCAAGUUUACCUUCUACGACGCCUGUUUGAUCGGAAGCUAGGGAUGUCCAGAGUUUAGGUUUUGCUUUUGUCUUGUCAUGUUUAUGUUUUCAGAAUUUUGGAUCUAAAGAAAGAUUGUAUAGACACCAUUAGCAAUUUAAAAUGGAGGGUUUUUGACUUUGGAUGAUUAAAAUUAAGAGAACUGUCUUUGAAAUUUUUCUGAUUUGUUGGCCUAACUCCAUUGCAGGUGAGCAAGAAAUAAAAUGUAUCAUGUUUCUCUGUUUUAUUUAUAAAUUCUCCAUUUUGAUCA